AGGGCGCCACUGAGCUCCCGACUCAGCCCAGGGCCAGUGGCAGUGAGACAUCAGCCGUGGUAGCGAUGGCCGCGCCUGGCCUGCGUUCCCGGCAGCUCCGUCGUCUCCUGCCGCUGCUGCUCAGGCCCCGUGCCCUCUCCUCCUGCUGCCCGCGCCGUCGCUUCGCCUCCUCCACCCCGGGGCGCCUCGUACCCGAGGGGCCCCCGCGGACCCUCCAAGAGUCCCCUGGCCCCGCGGCGGGGUUCGGCAUCGCGGCCCUGGUUAGGGGUCUCGGAUCCCGCGGGCUCGCGACGGAGGCCACAUGGGACGCGGAGCGCAAGUCCAGCAGCGUGAACCCCCACGAGCUGGCCAAGUUCCAAGCCCUGGCCCACACGUGGUGGGACGAGCGAGGGGAGCUGGGUCCCCUGCACAGCCUCAACUCGCUCCGCGUGCCCCUCAUCAGGGAUGGGCUGCUCGGUGCCGAGGCCCCAACCCGUGGGGCGCUGCCUCUCAAAGGCUUCCACAUCCUGGACGUGGGCUGCGGAGGGGGCCUACUAUGCGAGCCGCUGGCCAGGAUCGGAGCCACGGUUCUGGGCAUCGACCCCUUGGAGGAGAACGUGGGCACGGCGCGCGUCCACGCGCGCUCCGACCCCCAGCUGGCGUCGCGCCUCCGGUACGAGGUGGCCCAGGUGGAGGAUCUGGCGGAGCGUGAGGGGCCGGUGUUUGACGCGGUGGUGGCUUCCGAGGUGGUGGAACAUGUCCAUGACCCGGCCGCCUUCAUCGCCUGCUGCUGCCGCCUUGUCAAGCCCGGGGGUUCGCUCUUCUUGACGACCAUCAACAAGACGGCGGCCUCCUUUGCCUUCGCCAUCGUGGUGGCGGAGUGGCUGCUGCGGAUCGUCCCGCGCGGCACGCACGCCUGGGAGUCGUUCGUGGAGCCGCGCUCCGUGCGCUCCGCCCUGGAGGAGAACGGGCUGAGCGUGGUGGAGCUGCGCGGGAUGGCCUACAGCCCCCUGAGGAGCAGCUGGAGCUGGAGUGACUCCACAGACGUGAACUACGCCGUGCACGCCCUCAAGUAGCGCGCGGCUGAGGGUCACGCGCCGCGAGCUUCUCCUCACUACGACUACCUCCUCACCAUGUCCUCACCACGACCACCUGCUCGCCAUGACCCCUCACCAGGACCGGCCUCACCAUGACGUCACCACAAUCUUCCCCACACCAGGAACUCCUCCCCGUGGCCCCUUCACCACGACCACCUUCGUCCCAUGACUACCUCCUCACCACGACCUCACCAGGACCACCUCACCACCACCUCACCCAAACCUCACCGCAGUCUUCUCCACACUACGAUCACAACAAGUAAAGCCCAGUUGAAGAAUAGGUUUUACCCUUUCUGGCAAUGAAACAGGAGGUGUUAAGAUGUUCAAACACCAAACGUGGUGAACAUGCCAACAAAAGCAUGCUCUGGUAAUAAAACCCAGUAAAUCGGAAGAAAGAAUCCUUUAUUAUGACUUCCUGGAUCGUGUCCUGAAGAUGAAUGAUGCAAUUUCAAGUGAAACGUCGCGAAUAUAAUCGCUGAUAACAUU